CUAAGUGUUCAAAUGAAGGAAGAUGAUACCUUGGAGCAGCAAAGAGACAACAUUUUCCACACAAGAUGCCAUGUACAAGGUAAGACUUGUCUUGUUAUUAUUGAUGGUGGUAGUUGUACAAAUGUUGCUAGCACUUUAAUGGUUGAAAAAUUGGGCUUAAAUCUAAUUCCACAUCCUAGACCUUAUAAAUUGUUAUGGUUAAAUAAUUGUGGUGAGAUCAAAGUGAAUAAGCAAGUUGUUGUACCUUUCACAAUUGGUAGAUAUUCAGAUGAGGCGCUAUGUGAUGUAGUGCCAAUGCAUGCUGGCCAUAUCUUGUUAGGUAGGCCAUGGGAAUUUGAUACGAGGGCCUUCCAUGAUGGCUUUCUAAAUAGGUACUCAUUUGUGAAGGAUGGGAGAAAAGUUACUUUGACACCUCUUUCUCCUAAGGAAGUGUAUGAUGACCAAUGUAAGUUGGAAAGAGAGAGGCGUGAGGCUGAAAAUAACAAAAAGGAGCAUGAAAACCCAAAGGGUGAGAUUCAACCUAAAGAGAAAACAAAGGCAAAGGGUAGUUUUUUGGCUAGGGAAAGUGAAGUUAGGCAUGCAUUUCAUUCAAGUCAGAUGUUAUUUGUUGUUACUUAUAAAGAUGUAUAUUUGAACACUACUGAACUUGAUCUUUCCUUGCCGAGUGUGUUUGCUAAUCUUUUGCAGGAAUUUGCUGAUGUCUUUCCAGGAAAUGCCAAUUAUGCCGUUUGGGCUUACAAAUGCACCUAG